UACUCAUCUCGCAUCUCCAAUUUCGAUUUUCUCAUCCAUAGAACUCGACUAACUCACUAAGAAAAUAACACCAUUGAUUUAGCGCUCAGAAGAACCAUGGCAACCUCCCAUUACAAGACCGAGACUUUCACAUCCGAAAACUUUGUCGAGAGCGCUGGUACGAUUCUCUUCCGCCUCUCAACACAUGAAAUAUGUAUCCUGCACGAUAUAAAGCGUAACGAAUACAUCCUUCCCAAAGGACGUCGCAAUGUAGGCGAGUCACGCUGCGAUACUGCCAUUCGUGAAACUCUCGAAGAAACAGGAAUACCCUGUCGUUUACUACCCAUCAACAUGAAAUCUCGCCUCUGCCCUUCUGGAGAAACGGAUGUUCCUGAUGAAACGCGUGUUUUCAAAGGUGUUUGUGAGCCGAUUUCAGUGCAGAUGAGAAGGAUUGGUGAGCAUGAGAUGAAGCUGAUUUGGUGGUAUGUUGCUGCUGUCAACGAGAAUAAAACUGUUGGGAAAUGUGAGAAUGAGUUUGAGGUUGAGUGGUAUGGCUAUGAAGAGGUUCUAGAGAAGUUGACUUUUCAGAAUGAUCGGGAGUUGGUUGCCAGGGCUGUUAAACUUGUCCAAUCUUAUUACCCAUGAAGGCAGGCAAAUGAGUCAUCGUUUAG